AACUCGCGGAUCAAAAUGCAGCAAAAGCGCAGAGAACCCGUGCAGGCAGUUCAGGUCUUCGGACGCAAGAAAACCGCCACCGCUGUCGCAUAUUGCAAGCGUGGCAGUGGUCUCCUGAAGGUGAACGGACGCCCUCUGGAGCAGAUUGAGCCCAAAGUUCUGCAGUACAAACUGCAGGAGCCUCUCUUGUUGCUCGGCAAGGAAAAAUUCGCCGGUGUGGACAUCCGUGUGCGCGUUAACGGUGGUGGUCAUGUCGCCCAGAUCUAUGCCAUCCGUCAAGCUAUUUCCAAGGCCCUAGUUGCCUUCUACCAGAAGUAUGUCGAUGAGGCCUCAAAGAAGGAGAUCAAAGACAUUCUGGUGCAAUACGACAGAACCCUGCUGGUCGGCGAUCCACGCCGUUGCGAGCCCAAGAAAUUCGGUGGUCCAGGAGCCCGUGCUCGUUACCAGAAGUCGUACCGUUAAACUCUUCUGUCUGGUUUUCAAUUUGGAUUAGAGAUAUUUUUUACAAUUUGAAAAUGGUUUGCGCGCAAGUGUGAAUAAAACGGAAUAAUUAACAGUAAGA